GCCGCCCACUGAAACGCAGUCUCGACGUCUACUCCGCGCGGUCCGCCUGUUUCCCGCCAAAAUAUUUUUUUUAUGUCAAUAAAAUCCUGGCAUUUGCAUCGUAGUAAAAAUCCUUAGACAAUCGGGAAACUAAGUGCGGUCGUGAAUCGUGUGUGCUUUUUUAAUCGAAAGGAUUUUUGUCAUCAAGAAUCCAUCAAGCAGCAAUUCACAGAGGCCGCCUUACAUCAGGUGAAGGCGAAAGACCGCAGACGUUGUGACCUCCCGAACAUACGAGUCGGGGACGACAUGGCGUCUCCUGACACUCCGACCUCCAGCCCCGCCGACGACCACAAGCGCCUGGUCGACGACACCUUCCUCAACAAAAUGAAAGGUCUCGUCGAACGACUGCGGCUUGAAAACGCGACCUUGAAGAAGGCGCUCGACUCCGAGCGGAGUGAAGUUCGAGCGCUCAAAGCCCGCCACGACAGCGCUAUUCGAAAUUUAAAGACUGAGUUCAAGAAGAAAGAGGAUCUGCUAGAGAAACAGCUGAGGACGCCAAGAAUAGAGAAGCCAGAGGAACUAGGUAGUAACAAGCUGGUGGAACUCAAACGAUUGGCGACAGAGAUACAGUCUUUAAAAGCGGCUAACAAGGGUUUACAAGAAAAGCUCAAGGUCGCACAGGCGGCGGAGUGCGCCCGCGCCGCCGAGCUGCGAGCGCAGGUGGCCAAACACGCAGCGCUGGAAGAGGCAGCGCGGCGGGAUGCGCGGGCGCAGUGUCACAAACUGCUGGAGGAAAUAAAAUCGAAGGAGCGGGUGAUCAUACAGCUGAGGCGAGAUGUGGCCAGGGCGACCAAUGAUCAGGCACAGAGGAUGGAGCGAAAAACAGAACGAAAACGUGGUGAUCAGGGUAUCGAGAAAAGCAAUCGUGAAAACCUGAAGACUGACAUACAACACAGAAAAGAAACGUUCUACAGGGAGGCUCCGUCUGACGAGGACUCUGCGGUGUCGUCGGGCCCCGCCUCUCUCUCGCCGCAGCCGCUCAACGAUAUGUGGUCGUGCCAGUGCAACGCGGCGCGCGAGUGCACGCGGCUGGCCGACGCGCUGCGCGACGCCCGCGACCAGAUCGAGCUCAUGGAGUUCCGCCUGCUGGAGCUAGAGGACGCCACCCCCGAGAAGGGUGCUAGGGACAACCUAACAGACUCGGAUUCGGGAUGCGUUUCCCCCGGCUCUCGCAUCAAGGACUCCGCUUCGCCCGAACUCAAACGGAUGGACUCCGGGUACAAAUCCCCCCAUCCAGGCAGCCCCUGCAACCGACGGAAGCAUGACGACUUCAAGGAGGACUUCGCUAAAGCCCAGGUCCUCGCGGACAUCUUGGACAGCUCGGAGACCAGUGAUUCCCUGAAGAGCAAUCCAGUGAAGGAUCAUAUAGAGCAGAUGAUUCUGACGGCGGCGUCAGCGGAGGACAGGAGCUGCCUGGAGCAGGUCCUGAUGCUGCUGUACAACUACCAGGCGUUCAGCAGCUCCAUCAGCGAGGAUGAAUGCUAUCAGGCAAAACCACAAAGGAUAAGCGAUCUCAGGCUAAAAUCAGACGUAGAUAUACAAUCGCACAAACACAAGGCAAUCGCAACGGUAACACCGUACCAACAGAAAGGCUUUAAAUCUGAAUCAGUUGAAAGUCUCUGUGAGGAGCGAAAACCGAGCAAUAUUCUACAGGAGAGUGGUAUAUUCGAAGGUGACGAAACGGACUCUAAAUACACACAGACAGAACUAAACGACAGUUUCGAGUAUACCGGAGAAUUAAACACAGAAAUCCAACGACUGAAUAGUAUAAGAGAAAAAUUAGAGAAGCAAGGAGUUAGAAAUAGAACUCUGAAGGAGGACGGAGAUAGUUUAGAAUGUAAAUGUGUAAAAUUGGGUAAGAAACACAAACAGUAUUACGAGAGGAGGCUAAAGUUUUUGGAAGGGAAGAUAUCGAUCUACGAAGCGGCACAGGACGUGAAAGAAGCUAAGCUAGCGCAGAGGCUACAGAAGGAGUUCUUAUUAGAAAAUCGAAUACAAGAACUAGAAUCUCAAUUAGCUGACCUCCAGGAUAAGUACGAUAGGCUAGAAGAAGAUUGUUGUGAGCUUGAAGAAAUUGAAAACGACACUCGUCUACAUUGGCAACAACUGGAAAUGGAUUACGAGCUGUGUUCGGCGCAGUUAAGAGAUAUGACGGAGCAGAGGGAAUGUUCGAGGGCGCACGCAGAAAGACUCAUGGAAGACUUGUCGAAUAGGGAGUGUGUGAUGAAGGCAAAAGAGAAUGAACUGUUAUCUCGAGUAGAUCAGUUGGAGAAGGCGGUUCCAGCGCUUAUACUUUGGAACGUUCUGCGCACAGUUAAAGCCGAUGUGCCUUCGUCGUGUCAGUAUGCAAUCGUCAACCACACGGAUAAAUACUCUAAGCGACCACAAAAGUCCUGCGCUCUGAUACCCUAUACCUCUCCCAAAGAUGUCACACACGAUUUACAGCAACAGGUUACUAAGUUAUUAACAGAGAAAAGAGAAAUAGAAGAACACACGGAAGAAAUUAAGAAAAAGCUAGAGAAGAGGAUCAGGGAGCUAGAAGAAGAACUAGAUGUAGCGAAACGGCAGAUUACUGUAACCAUUGGAGGUGCAGAAGUGAAGAAAGAUAGAAUAGAAGAGCAGAUAGUUGAUUUGGAACAGCAGAUAAGAAAAGAAAAGGAGAAAGAAGAGCAACCAGCCGACCCUGAAACUCUCGGUAAGAUCGAAACACUGUUGGCCAGUGAACAAGAGCUAAGAGGAAGAAUCUCAGAGCUGGAGAGACGAGAGGCGGCAUAUUUGGAGAUGCUGACUCAGGCCGACGACAUGUGGGCAGAGAUGGAAGGAGGCUACAAGAAGAGAAUAGAGGAAGCGCAAAAUACUGAGACUCAGUUGAAGACCAAGGUGAAGACCCUAGAAUCGGAGAGGGACCAAUGGAAGAAAUGCCUAGAACCUCUGAAGAAGAAGCUACGUGAGGUGGAAGAAUCGGAGUCAGGGAUGAGGAUAGCACUGGAGAAAGCGGAGAGAGACGCGACUACCCUGAAAAAGCAGAACGCUAACCUGACGGUUAUGUUCGGGAAGGCCGAUGCUGAUGCCAGGAAAUCGGAAGCGGCUUUCAAGACGCUGGAGAGUAAAUUUAAAAAGGAGAUAGAACAACUGAGGAAGAUGAACAAACAGCUGGAUCAAGAUCUGAAGUCGCACCGUGAGAUUUCGAGAAAGAGCGAAGUGAGUUUCGUGGCGGACCUAGAUUGUAUCAGGAAAGAACUAACAAGAGCGUGUAAGAACAAUCAGGAGUUGGAGGUCACUAACAGUGAAUUGAAGGAGGAGGUUGAAUCUCUGGAAAAGCAGCUUGCGAUAACACAGAAAGCGCUGAACCAAUGCAAGAGGAAAUGUGACGAUAUGGUGAAGACUAUGAGUCACGAGCUGUCAAUAAAGACAGAGGAAUUGGAGGAACUAAGAAGCGAAACCAUGAGGCAGUCCUUCCAUUCGAGAGUGGAUCUCAAACCAGAGAGAACGGAAUACGUAGACGAGGGUUACUCCAUAUACACAGCGGUACCAAAGAAGACUGAUUACAGCAGGAUGCAUCACAGCAUGAGUUACAUCACGGAAUCCCGUUGUUCCUGUCCAGCCAUGAGGAACCAGCUAGUCAGCCAGCUGAUUGAAGAUCUAUUCGAUAGGAUCCAUAACACCGUCGAUGAGGAUCUAACUGCGCUGUGCAAGGACAUCUCCCUAGUGAAAGGUCAUGUUACUGAAGAGGCUAAAGCGAAAAUAACGAAUUAUCUGCUAAUGGCGAUAUCGAAGGAGCUCGUUAGAUCCAUAGGUGACGCUGAUGCUAAGACUGACAGUGAGGAGUGGCGCGUAUCAGCGGCGUGCGCUGCCGCGCGCUGCGGUGCGAGCCCGGGCAACGCGGGUGUAGUGCGCGGGGCGGCGCGGCUGGCGAGUGUAAGCGCAGCAUGCGCUGCCGCGCGCCUCGCUGCCGCCGCACCUGCUCUGCAGCCACACGUGAAGCUGUGUCAGGAAGAAGUUCUUGAGCACGGCGACGUUAAGAUAAUGGAGGAGCAGUUAGCUAAUGCGAUUGAGAGUAUUGUUAAUUGUCCAUCUUGUGCGUUGGGCACAAAUGCGAUAGUAUGGAGCACAGACGUGUAGCGUCUGCAGAGUGCAGCAAUAGUAGUAUAUCGUACCUCCACCGACCUCUAGCUGGUGCCUUCGUAGUAGUAGAAUGUAUAUUGUAUCAUACAGUAGGGUAACAUAAGCGAAAUAUCGAACAAAUGUACCUUCUAAUCGACUAAGCGAACUUUAAUUUCUAAUUUAUAUUUUCCGUGCCAAUCGUGUUUGUAUAUAAUAUUUUGUCGAACGAUUUUAUUUUUGACUAAUUCUCGUGUCACAAAUCUAGAUCUUUAUGUUUUACGAUCAUGUAAUUGAUUAAAAUGAAUAUUUAAUUA